UCGGAAAAGGAGCAUCCGCCUCCGGUACGCCCAUGAAAGAAGCGAAAGGUGUCCGCCAGUCGAGCCUCGCCAUUUUCCUUGGUGGUGUGAAUACUUCUUGUUUGAUCGUGAGCGAAAAGACGGUGCCGUGCGGGUAAACGUGUGGAUAUCCUCAAAGCAUUUUACGUGCGUGGCACGGUUUCUGUCAUGAAUCAGUCCCGAAAUUUCACAUCCUUGCUGAACCCGAGUUAUUUGCAAAACGCGCAGCAGAAUGCUGCGACUGCAAACGCAGCCGCUGCUGCAGCUGCUGCAGCCGCCGCGGUGAGCGCCGCAAUUGCAAACGGUACCCAGCUAAGCUCCAAUUCCACCAAUUCAACGACGAACAACACCAGGAAACGUGAAGCGGAAAGUGAUGGUAAGCAGGAAAAAGAGACGAAAGAGGAACGUAGGAAGAGGAGGAAAACUAGAUGGGGCGGUAGUGAACAUGACAAAACAUUUAUACCAGGCAUGCCUACAGUUCUCCCAACAAACCUGACUCCUGAACAGGAGAAGGCUUACCUCUUUCAGCUGCAGAUCGAGGAAAUCAGCAGGAAGCUACGCACUGGAGACCUUGGAAUUCCGCUUAACCCUGAGGAAAGAUCACCAUCUCCUGAACCCAUAUACAGUAGUGAUGGUAAACGGUUGAAUACAAGAGAAUAUCGUACUAGACGUAAAUUGGAAGAAGAGCGUCACAACCUUAUUCAGAAGAUUCUUAAAAUUAAUCCCGAAUUUAAACCUCCACCAGACUACAAGCCUCCGAUAAUACGAGUGCAUGAUAAAGUAAUGAUUCCCCAAGAAGAACAUCCAGAUAUUAACUUUGUUGGUUUGCUUAUUGGCCCACGUGGAAAUACAUUGAAGUCAAUGGAGAAGGAAACUGGAGCAAAAAUUAUAAUUCGUGGUAAGGGUUCGGUGAAAGAAGGAAAAGUUGGAAGGAAAGAUGGGCAACCUUUGCCUGGAGAGGAUGAACCUCUUCAUGCGUAUAUAACAGCGAAUAAUCUGGACGCCGUAAAGAAAGCUGUUGAGAGAAUUCACGAAAUCAUACGACAAGGUGUAGAAGUACCUGAAGGACAAAAUGAUUUACGACGUAAUCAGCUCAGAGAGUUGGCUUUAUUGAAUGGGACAUUGCGUGAAAAUGAUGGGCCCCGUUGCACUAAUUGCGGAGCGUCAGAUCACAAGUCAUGGCUGUGUCCAGACAAACCGAACGUGACGAACAACAUAGUAUGCUCAAGCUGUGGAGGAGCAGGUCAUAUUGCUCGCGACUGUCGAUCUAAACGACCAGGGCAAGGUGGACCAGCUGCUGCAGGAAUGGGAGGAAUGGGACCAGGUGGAGACAAAGCUAAAAUCGAUGAGGAAUAUAUGUCUCUUAUGGCAGAAUUGGGCGAGGGUCCACCGCCUGAUAGAUCCAAAAGUGGGCAACAGCGACAACCUAACCCGAAUCCUAAUUAUCCUGGUCUCUUUGACAGACAACAAGCUCCGCGAGCUUUAAUGGCUGCGCCAGCCCAUCCGCCUCCACAAAUGAUGCAAGGUGGACCAAUGAUGCCACCGCCAGGUAUGGCUCCACCACCAUGGAGUCAAGGAGAAGUAAACAACAUGAAUGGUAUGAACAUGCAGUGGCAACCACCAGUUAGUAUGCCUCCUCCACCUGGUGUAAUGCAACCGCCUCCACCACCGCCGGGUUCUACAUCUCAACCGAAUAUCCCGCCGUUGAUGCCCUGGAUGGCUGGCAACAAUCAACCACCACCCCCUGGACAAAUGCCACCAACACAGAUUCCACCACCCGGGAUGGGUAUUCCACCUUGGCAACAGGGACAGCAGGGACCAAUGCGUCCACCUCCACCUGGAACAGCACCACCACCAGGAUUCCCCGGAUGGCAGCCACAACAAAUGGGUGGAUGGCCACCAGCCGCACCAGUUCCACCUCCUCCUCAACAACAAACACCAGCUCCACCUGGCAUCGAUCUCAAUACUUUACCUACGUUAUUGGCGCAGCCACCUCCACCGCCACCACCAACUAGUUAGUGCAAAGAAAUCAUCCGCUCAUCUAAUUAAAACUUCUUCAUCCGUACAAUAGAGAAAUAUUAUCGGUCGUGUCAGUAAAUAGAUUGCAAUGUCGGACUGAAAGCAGUUAACUAUUAAUCCUUGAGACGAUCCAAGAUUUUAAAUAGUUUUUUCAUCCUUCUGUGGCUUUGUAUUUUAUAAGCGAAAAAAAGGAUACAACCAAGAAUCUAUUUCUCAAUGUAUAUUCUGGACCAUACAAUAUGUAUAAGAAACAGCUUUAGGUUUGUAACGCGUUGUCAUAACGUGUCAACUAUACAUUGUGCUCAGCAAGGAAAAAAAAGAGAUCUAUAGUUUUGGUUACCAUUAUUUUCAAACUUAUCGUAUGUACCUAAAGCUUUCUUAUAAGUGUACAUGUAAGUGAUACGUCAAACGCAUUUUUAUAAUGCCCCCCACGAAACACUAUAAUUUUUACUUACAUACUUUUCUGAUCACUUCUGUAUCGUAUGUUACAACUAGAAUAUAAUUUACAUGUAUUGUGCGAUCAGUAUGCAUAAAAUUGUGUAUACCUUAGCGAAUUUGUUGCUCUGCACAAGUGUUACUGUAAACAGUUUUACGCUUCAAUAUAUUACCCAUCGCAAAAUGAGAAUUGUACGAUAAACGUUUGACAUAAAAUGUAUUUUUUUGUGAAAUUCUGCAUCCAAGUUCAUGCAAAUCAAACUCGUUUGUACAUUAUAAUGGUCGCGGUUAAUCGUUUAAUCGAUUACAGAUGAAGCAUGAUUACAAUUAUUUUAAUAGUUGAUUCAAACACUGGAUAAUAUAAUGAAGCAUUCAUGAAUGUAUUACUUGUGCUGGCGAUGAGUUGUCAAUUUUAAUUAUUACUUAGGUUAUUUAUGUUAGAAGUAUUUCUGCAAUUGUUGUUUCACAUUUAUAUGAAGUGUAUUAAGGAUUCACCAACUACCGAAACAUAAGUAUGAUAUCGCAAACGUCCAAGCGCAAUAAUUUUUCUUAUCACUGUUUCACUAGCAAACAUAAAACGAGUCACCAAUACCAUACCUUAUAAAAAAAAUCCAUUCUAUAUGAAAUAACAUUAGUAUUGCGUGUUACGUUUAGGAUACAAGAAGAUAGUUUGUGAAACUUUAUGAUAGCUUAAUGUGUAUGUUAAUUACACAAUAAAGGUACAUACAAGUAAACAUGCAUUUUUUAAAAGAAAUUUUCUUACACACGAGAUUUGUAAAGUUUUAAUUGAAAUCGCAUAAGUAGUAUGAUGGAAUAUAUUGAUUUUAAUGAUACAAAGUAAUGAUUUAAAGUAACAAAUCAAAAUUAAUAUCGGGACGUUUUAUUAAA